AUGAGCCCCAUCUCUGCUGAAUCAGACCAGGAGGACUCGGAUGCGGAACUGUGGAAGGCUUUCGAUGACGACACAAAAUUUCCUUCGAGUAAUGUUCUCAAGCGCAAACGUUUGUUUGCCGCAGAAUCGACUGCAUAUCGUGGGUAUCGCCGAGUGAAGCAACGUCGUCCUGCAAAGUCUUCAAUCCAGUUUCGCACCUCGUCCUGUCGCCUGGACGAAGCUGUGACGGAUCCCUACAUCAUAGCUGGCUUUCAAACACUUGAGGACGAGGAGGCAUUUCGAGGAAUCAGCCAGCUAGCGACCGGUGUCAUUUGGGAGACAGCCCGCCUCGUCAGCUCCGAACGCCUUACUGAGGCUCGAUGCGAUGUCUUGGAGGGACUGCAGGGUUCCAACGCGGAUUCGGUCCCGCGAGCGCUGCAGGUGCUGACCAAGGAGCAAGCCCGAGGCAUCGAGGGCGACGCUGCGUUUUCGGCCGAACGACAGGCUCAGUGCCCCUGGUCCGAGCUAGAUCGGGAAGAACUUGCGCUGUCGGCGGAUCCGCUCGCUGGGCUGGGCAACUGCGCUGAGAUCGAGGACGGGGGGUAUUACGGCGGCAAGAUCUGCUUUGCGGGUGAUAUCGGGCUGGAUAAGGCGGGUGUGGUGACGAUUCUCUGCAAGUGGGCCUCCCGAUUCGCUCUCGGGCUGUCGAAUUCUGUCCCUGGCCCGGAAAUUGCGCCAGAACAUGUGGAGGAGAUACGAGAUCUCGGGUCCAGCGAGGGGAGUAAUAUGACUGACGGCUGUGGGCUGUCUACUCCUGCGUUGCAUCUCAAGGUCCGACGGAUGUUCAAUCUCGAGUCGACCCCGACUGCACUGCAAAUGCGGUAUGGAGGAAGAAAGGGCAUGCUUCUACAAUUCCCGGGUACGAAUCUGGACACGGUUCCUAAGGCUGCCUUCCGCGAUCCAUCACAGGUGAAAAUCCGGCUCGGGGCGCAGAGCCAACGGCACCGCGCGAACACCACUCUCGACAUUCUGCGCUUCUCCCGGACCAAGACCCCGACGCGCAUCUCCCCCGAGGUCAUCAUCAACCUCGAGCACAACGGUGUCCCGGCUUCGGUGUUCUUGGGCUUGCAAGAACGGUAUCUCGCGGCAGGCGUAGACGAUCUGGUCUUCUGGGCUCGCACUGACUAUGAUGGAGACAAUCUGGAUAUGUUCAAGCUCUGGUCGGCCGUUGAAAGAAGCGAAGGCGUGCAUUUUGCCCGCCGGGUGCGGGAGGACAAGGGGGUAGCCCGAUUUCGCGGCCUGACUAGCGGAUAUCGAGACGAGAUGGAGGAACAACACGAAGAGGACGAGGACGAGGACGGGGAUCUUACUGGAGAUCGUUUUGAUCGAGUUUUCCACGAGCGUUCGACUGCUUGGUGGCCCGAUUACAUCUCCGGAUGCCCUUCAUCUCUCGCCGAAACUGUGAUGGCACUCCUCGAUGCUGGUUUUACCCCGCAGUCUCUUCCCGUUCUCAGGGAUAAACUCAAACAAAUUGCACUGAAGAAAAUCAAGUACCGAUCCCAUCAUUUCAGAUAUGACGUCCUGCAGAGUGCAAGCGCUUUUGUUGUGCCCGACGCUUGGGAGGUCUUGGGCGAAAACGAGAUCCAUUUCAAGAGCUCUCGUCGAGAAUUCAAUGUUGGCCCGGAUGGCUUGGAGACGGACAUCAUCCUGGGGGACGUUCUGAUGACCCGCAACCCGUGCAAAGUCCCCACAGACGUAAGAAAAGUCAAAGCUGUCAAGAAAAUCGAACUCCACGAUGUGGUGGAUGUGAUCGUUUGUUCGGUGAAAGGCUCGCGCCGGUUGAUUGACUACCUGGCUGGCGGUGACUAUGACGGGGACACAGCCGUGGUGAUAUGGGACAAGAGCAUUGUCGAACCAUUCAGAAACGCCCCGGAGAGAUUCUCUGUCGAACCGCGCGAACUCGCCGCGAAUUUCCAACGAAACGACACAUCUGUGUCCACCUUCAAUAUUAAUUUCUCCGGAACAUCAGAAGCAGAAAAGGUAUUUGAGUUGCAGUCGUACCUGCUUGGAUCACUUCGCAAUCCGUCUAUGAUUGGGCGAUACUCCACGUUCCACGACAGUUCUAUUGUCCUGAAUGGAUACGAUCACCCGGAAACAAUCAUGCUGGCUUACAAAUUCUGCAAAAUUCUCGACUCUCCCAAGACUGGUUAUCUGAUCAAAGAUCAUGUCUAUCGAAACGACCUCGCACGUCCACACGGCAAUCCCCGCGGACCGAAGUGGAAAUCCAAGGCGAACGAGAGCCAAUUCGCGCACCAGUCAAACAGAGUGCCUGUCCAACGACGUUGCACCUCUGCCAUCCCGUCGCUCUCUCGUCCGUUCAUCAUGGAUGUUCUGCAAGACGAGGCGUCACGCCAGGAAGCUGUGUGGCUGCGAUCCAUCGAGGACCUCUUCCGGCCGUUCGAGCAGCAGUCUCCACACGUUCUCGAUGACGCGCUCGCAGAUCCGUGGCGCAAAUACGCCUCUUUUGCGGAUGCACGCGCGAAAGAGAAGGACGUCGGGCCGCGGAGCGAUCUGGGCAUCAUCGCCACCCAUGUGCAACGUUUGUAUGUUCGACACGCCCUUGUAUUGAGCGGACGGUCUGCCAAGGAAUUACCUUCCUCCCCUGCCAAGUCGCUUUUUACAGGCAAAGAGAUCACCGCUCGACAAGACGCACUUCGAACACUCUCACGUGACUUUGCGUCGGGCCCGAAGCUGGGCGAAUUGGCGACGAUGGCGGAUGAGGGUCUUGUGGCGAGGCUGCGCGCGUCGUAUGCGUAUCUUUAUGACUUUGAGAAGAAGGUGCACGCAGACGGUUGGUCUAGGUUUCCUUGGAAUGUUGCGAUGGGUGAGCUGUGCAAGAUCAAAGCGAGCUCGCUUGGCUCCCAUAAAGUUGUGACGACCUCCUUCUACGAGCGGUUCAGGCUCAGUGUGAAGCAAAUGUCUUGAAUGGUAUGGUGUCUUUGGAUGGAAAGAGAUGUCGAAAUCUCCCACUAAAAUUAUGUCAUAAAUCUCGAUUUUUCGUUAUAAAACUACCAGAUAUAACUACAAGGAUGAAUUCUCUCUGAAGCGAGGCAAGGCUCGCUGUACCAACCGCGUGUGUAUUCGGCCGCCCCUAUCUGUCAACUGCCCGAGUGCAUGACAUCAUAGUGUCGCACUUGACGAGCAGCCUGCCAUCUCUAUCGCGCGCGCAUUGCUAGUUACGCCUAUGGGCUCUUGCUGCUCAACCCGCCGCAAGGAAUCUCCCGAAACGCGUCCUCUCCUUCGCGAAUCCUCCACAGAUGAGACCAAUGGUACCUAUCCCGGCCCCACGCGAUCGGGGUACGAAAAGUUCGCGGACGUGUUCGCAGCGCUGAGUGCGGGGAAGCUGCCGUCCCAAGAGCAGACCUCGACUGGUCUGAGGAGUCUGAUAUCUCUGGUCGAUCUGCAGAGUCCGAGUGGGCUCAACAGUGCUGGGCUGAACGAGCGCGAAGUCGAUGCCGUGGGCGCGGCGCAGGAGUUGCUGGACGCUGUCCUCCGGAUUGGACUGGAGAAGAACUACGACGACAAGAUACAGGAGCUGUACUAUCACGCCUCACGGACUUUGAAUGAUGCCAACGACGAAGUGCCAAUCCAGCUCAACGCGGAGGUCACAGUCAACGGAGCGCCGGUCAAAAUCGACAGAAAGACCGCUAAACAGAUCCCGGGGGAUACUGCGCGGCUAGUCGCAUCCAUCAAGCCCCUCACUCGCCUCCUGCUCACCGAAAGCGCGUUCCGCAUCCUGGUUUCGGAUAUCCUCACUACGACACGCGAGAUCGUCGCGGAAACCGCGUCCGAAAUCGGGCAGGCCGCGGCCAACGUGGAGGCUGCCGCAUUCAGCAUUGCCCAAGUGGCCACGACUGGGUCCGGCGGUGACGGAAAUGCGGCUAGCCAAGCAGAGGAAGCGGUAUUGGAGGUGAAAGAAGCGGCAGAGCGUGCUCAGGACGACAUUGCCGCCGUGGGUCUGCAAUCUGCAGAACGAGUCAAGGAGAACAUCAUUGAACGAAUACAACUCUCUGUCAGCCAGAUCCAAAGCCGUCCUGAAUACAAGGAUGCGAUGUCCACGGUGCUGCGGCUGCUGCAGAAAUACUCAGACAAGCUGGGAUCGUUGACAAAAGCAGCGUCUGACGAACAUGUUGCGGUUUCCGCUGAGAUCGAUAUGUCAGAGUCCUUCGCUGAAGCACUGGGAGACCUGAAGAUCCUCCUCGAGCGAUUCGCCUCGCACCACUCCCUAGACCCGUUGCUGCAUUCGUUCAAGGCGGCUAUUACAGAUGUGCUAGCAGCGCCGAACUCUGACUUGCGCGAGUACCUCUCCGUAGUGGGAGUCUGGUUCGAACGGGCACUGAGCGACCCGUCCUUUGCUCGAUCGGCGAAAGCCAAGCGUGGGGCGGAGGAGUUGUACGAUACGGGCAAGCUGCUGCUCGCGGCGCAAGAAAAUGCACGAUGGGCACGGGAUUUCCGGCAGAUGGUCUCGGAGGCACAGGCUUUCUCUGAUGCGCUCCAGACGGACAAGAGCACGCGACAGCUUUUACAGGCCAUCCAGCACACCGUCGCCGCCACCGAAGAUAUGUUCCUUAGCGUGAGAGGUAGAGGGUCGUGGCGGGACACGCUGAGGAGCAGGCUCCUCCGCUGGCUCAUCCCGCGAGUGCUCAAGAACAUCCGGAACUUGCCGAUGCCCCGGGUGGAGUACAAGUCGAAGACGCUCGAUGUCGCGGUCGACGCAGUGCUGCUGACACCGUCGUCGACCAGUGCAUCGCUGUCGCCCGACUCCGUGCUCGUGCAAAACUGGAAUGAAUUCAAGUUGGAUAUGACAGUCCCGGACGCUGUGCUUCAGGCCUCCAGUCGGACAAGGGCAAGGGUCGAGGGAGUGCGGUGCUCUGCACACGGAUUCGGGUACUUUGUCGACUACAAGGGGCCGCUCUCUUUCCUGCGAUAUUCUGACGAGGGCAUCAUCGACGUCGACAUUGGACAGCCGGGGGCCAGCGGCGAGGGAAUUGUGCUGGAUGUGGAUAUCGAGACCAUCGACGAGGAGCGGAGGACGCCGGGAGAACCGCUCUUCAAGGUCCGAGAUGUGACGGUCGACGUUCCAGGGCUGGCGUUCAACAUCCGACAUAGUCGACACUCCAUCCUCAACACCCUGCUCCUCCAACCGCUCUCAGCACCCGUCGUCCGGCUCGUCCUGCGGUCAGUACUAGAGCAACAAGUACACAGUGCCGUCGAGUGGGCGGAUCGAUUGGUGACUGCGGUGACUGAAGAGGCCGCGCGGAUCGGAGCAAGAAGGAAUGAAGAACCCACAAUACAAGACUACUACGCAGCUGCGUUAGCCACGGCACCCGCGUUCUUCGAGAGCUCGCCGUCGACGCAGCCCACUGGCACGUCGACGUCGCACACGGACGCUACAUUCAAAGGCAUCAUUCACACAACGAUGACCGUGCCCGAGAACAACGACGAUCCGGUCGAGGAGACGGUGCUCGCAGUGGGCGGAGGAGCGCAGCUGUUUCCCAACAAGGGCAUCCCAGAAUCAGCCGGCCCAUCGGUGCUGGAUACGGUCGUGGACGGGGCCCGCGAGCUCGUGGGGAAAGCGAAAGAAACCGCUGCAGCAGCGGAGGAGCAGGCCUUGCGUGCGAGAAGCGAAUUCGACCGAGCGGAGCGCAGGAAGGAGGAGAGGGAGCAGUUCGAGCGGGUCAAGGGUGGCUGGCGGAGCAACGCGUUUGAUUGGACAGGAUCUACGUAGCAUGUGCAGCUGAAUCAGACUGGGAGGUUUUAGGCGGAAGCGGAACUGCGGUGACGUCCCCGUGUCUGAACAGGCGUCUGCCGGUCCUCGUGAUGCGCAGGACCGACUUGCAGUUCGGGUCUGGGCAGGCGACGUCGGUGUCCGUCGUGAUCCAGUCGUUCGCGUGCGAGACGCGCUGUUUCGCAGCGAGGAGCGAGAGGACUGCCGCUUGACGGGAGGUCAGCUUACAUGUCGGCGACGCAGGUAAUGGGCACGACUUGCACAGCGAGUAGAUGGAGAAGCCCUGACCGGGGGGUAGAUGCAGCAUCUCCCCUUCGAGCGUAAAGUGGUCCCCUGGCUUGGCACCGCAGAGAAUGCGCUCUCCGGGUGGGCAUAUGACUUCGACGCGCAGAUCGUACAGCUCAAACGAAUCGUCCAUCAUAGUGCGAGUCUCAGUGACAGUGCGGAUAGAAACGCGAUCCACGUGACUACUGGGUGACAAAGACUGUUGGAUCAGAUCCCGAUUCGGAUAAUUAAAGUUCAUUUUCAACUAUUUACAAACUGUCACUGUUCGCGUCGAAAUCGACUGCCGGGCUGAAGUAACCCAGCUCCCUCGUCUCGCUGAGAUCGCGCGGAAGAAACGGAAUGGCGCCCGGGGCCGCGAACAUCCAGAACUGGCUCGCGGAGUUGUCUGCCGUCGGCGGAAGCAGCAGCACCUAGCCGGAAUGAUGUGAUUUCAGCGCCAAUGCUCAAUCGCUGCAGCAGGAAACGGCCGCUUGCCUCGGAUCCAGCGUCAGGGUUGUACGUCCACACCGAUCCGUCCGGUGCGCCAAUCUGCGCGCAAAAUAGGGAGGAUGAGCGUCGGCAGACGAGAGGAGUGGCUGGGGUUUUGGUUGGCUCACCGUCCAGUAGUCGAUGUGCGAGUCGGGGAUCAUCCCGCCGUCGCCGGGAAGUCGGCCGUUCCGGAUAGCACGAGCGCGAACGUGCUGGACCUGUUGGCGGUCGUGCCGAUGUACUGGCCCUGCGCGCGCGAGAAGAAGAUCGAGUGAGUUAAUGCCAUUCACGGCGAUGCGGAGGAACGGAAACGCGUGUCACCUGUCCAGGGGUUACUUGCGCCCACCGGCCGGCAUCGACGCUGUGCAUGGUGAUCCCGUCGAGCGCGCCCGGGGGUGUGAGGACGUCCCACUGCAGUAUGUUGCUCGUCAGCCGUGGGGCUCUGCGCAGCGCGUGGACGUGGACGUACGAGGCUGUGGCCCCCCGAGAACGCGGGCGGGACGUACACGCGGCUGUGCGCCGCGUCGACGGAGACCGGCGCGUACGGGUGCGCGAGGUUGACGACGUGGUACUGCCCCGGCUUCAGCUGGGUCUGGGGGGGGGGGGGCGUGGGCAUAGUCAGUCUCGAGCGGAUGGCCACGUAUGGGGGAACCGACCGCAAAAAGGCCGUGGACGAGCAGGAGCGAGGUCAAGAUCUGGGCGAACAUGGUCCUGAGUGUGUGUAUCCUCCGAGUGGGCGUUGCGAACAACAGCUGAGGCCCACCCCGCUUGGGGCGGUCGAGGUUUAUAUACUCCCACUCAGGAAAAUAAUACUUAGGAUUCAUCGAUCAGCGGAGGAUCGGCUCUCGCUUCGGCGAGCGUACAUAAGAGAAGCGAAGCAAGACGGAGGUGGAGAAUCCUCCGCUGCGGUAAGCGCCCCACGGAGGUCUCCGCACGGCGGGCUUCCCCGGUUUAGGCUCGCCACGGGUGCGGAGGCUCGAGAGGAA